CCAUGGUGAUUACCCGCGGGUCCGUUGUUUGUUAUUUACUUCAUUUUUGCACUUUCCCACUUGUGUCCAGACCUGCCGUCAGAGAAGGUUUAGUAAAUUUUCUGCACGCAUCAAAAGUUGUCAGUGAGUGAAGUUUUUUUUUUCGUUCCGCUUCUCGGCCCGCGGAUAGUCAAAAGUUUGAGGUCAAAGUAAAUCGCCCCGGCGGAAAGUGUCAAACUCCCCCGAUUGUGAAGGGAAAAGUGAACCACCGUUAAAAUAGUAGUUUUGAAAAGUCCAGUGCUGCACGUGAUCUCGAGUAUUUUUUGUAGAAAUUUUAGUCAAAUUUCGCACCAUGGCCUCAUCAUCCUGCUCGACUCCGACAGUGAACCAAACGAAGCAACACUCGACGCGCCAGCGGAGCCCAUUUACCAAGAUAAAACCCGAAUCUAAGCUGAACGUUGCCGCUCCACCGUUUGUUUAUUCGUUGAAACGCAACACUAAUUCGGCGGGUGCACUGCGGCACGGAGAAAGCAUGCCGGAAAUAGGAUACAUUGGUCCAACGCAGCUCCCGGUGAACAGCCGAAUCUGGAGUAGCAUUUCGACCUACCCGUUAGAGCAGGCACCAGCUGUUCGAAGUACCACUCCGGGUCAACUGUUCCAAUACUACCAGCAGCAGCAACAGCAACUCCAGCAGCCACAUCAUCACCAACAGCUACAGCAGCUCCAACUGAAACGGCAGUACGCGUCAUCGCCACACCUGCCGUACGAACCGAUCCGCCAGUUUGGACCGGUGGUGCUGCCCAACGGCAUUAUCCAGCUGCGGCUGCGCGACGCCGUGGUCAUUGAGAUGACCAUCGACCGUUCGAUCAAGCUGGUGAACAACCAGGAGCGCAUCACGAUGGCUCUGUCCGGCACGGGAACGCUGGCCGCGCUGAACCAUCCCAAUGGGGUCGUGUUUCAGAAUGGAUCCCGAGUGGACAUCGCCGCGUACGAUGGGCGUCGGAAGAAUUCUUUUGUUCGUUAUGCCAAGAUGUGGCAAAAGGGAAUCAGUCUCACCAGUGAAGGAUGUGCUCUCAUUUACCUGGUCGAUGCAGCCGGUACUCGUACCACUUCUGACAUGAUCAACAUCGAUUUGAACACUGAUUACAUUAGCCCGGUUUUCUACAACGGAACUCGUAUCGGAACCCAAUUCUACCAGGAAGCCAAUCAAAUCGCACAGAGUGCCAACUUUUGGCUUAACGAUGACGGAACGGAGAUCUUCCACCUGAACGGGUAUCGCAUCCAGCAGACAAUGGACGGUCUGGUGAAGGUGGCCCGCAUGAAUAAUCGCUGCAACCUUCGUACAAGUCCAACUAAUGGUUCCGCCACAAUUACCACGCCGUACAUCCACUGCACCGCGUCGAUGGGACAGACGUCGCAUCUUUUCGUACGCCGUGAGGAACGUCGCAUGCAUUUCGAUGGGACUUCAUUUGUCGUUCGCAACGCAGGGCACUCGGCCGGAUUCGAUGAAUGGAACCGACUGCGGGUGUACUAACCAGCCGGAAAGAUCAUCCUGCUCAUACCUCGUGUGCCCCAUGAAAGUGAACUCGCACCCGCGCACCUCCAUCAAGUUUUCAAAUUAUUGAAGAAAAGCACACGUCAGAUUAUUGCAUGUUUGCCGAGAGCAUGAGCAAAACUUGAAGCUCUACCAGGCGCGACCUCUUUACAUGUUUAUCUCUAUAAGUCGGUAUAUUUAUUCCUUAUUGUACUCCGGUAGACUACGCUCGCAUCGCAGAGCCAUAAUGUAUCUUGUUUUCCGUUUCUCUUCGGUGGCUUUGGUCCCAGAAUGCACUUCUGCUGACACUGGCAGGACGUGAACUCCUUAUACGUGCACACCGCACAGCAUGCAGGGACCAAGCGGAAGAGAUGCAAAUUGUAUUAAAUUAAACCUAAAUUUGAAUA